GGAGACGGAGAACCGUUGCCGGGUUAGGGGGAAGCGGCAGCAGCAGGCGUUGUUCGCAGGUAGCGCCAUGGCGGCCGUGCAUAGUUUACGGGUGUCUGUGAAAUCAGACAGCGGCUCGGACCGCUCGGACUCGGACUCAGAGUCCGAGUCGGACAGAGAUGCCCGCGAGGCCGAACCGAUGGAGGUGGAGGAGGGAGAGCUGGAUCUGGAGGCCGAGGACAUCUCCGUUAACCGCUCCCUGAAGGAGCUGGUGCCGGAUACGAGCCGGAGGUACGAGAACAAAGCCGGAGCCUUCAUCACCGGGAUCGAUGUCAACUCAAAGGAGGCGAUCGAGAGAAAAGAGAAGCGAGCAAGACGUUUCCAUUUCCACGUGGAGGAGAGCGUUGGACAGAGGAACGUUUUUCUGGAUAAAGACACCAUGAAGAAAGCCAUCCCCAGACUGCGCAUGGAGGCGAUCCACGUGACGGGCGUGGACGACAUGAGCACACAGGACGUGUUCGGCUACUUCAAGGAGUAUCCUCCAGCUCACAUCGAGUGGAUCGACGACACGUCCUGUAAUGUGGUUUGGCUGGAUGACGACACGUCCAUCCGAGCCCUCAUCAACAGCAGCCACAUGCCCGACCCGGAGGAGGCUGUUACCACGGAGACGGAGGGCUGCAGCCAGCCGGGCGAACAGAGCAAAGGUCGGCGAGGUCAAGGGUCAGACGAAGAGGAAGAGGGCGAGGUGGACGAGGACGAGGAGGAAACAGCGAAGAAGAGCAGCGAGGAGAUCGAGGGGAAAGACAGCGAUGGAGAAGUGGAGCAGAAGAGGAAGGUGGAGGGUGGACAGGUGGACGACCUGUCGCGGGCAGAGAGAGAGUCUCUUCUGAGGAACGACCUGCGGCCGGUGAUCAAACCCUUCAAAGGAAACAAACUCUUCCUGCGCUUCGCCACACAAGAUGAUAAGAAGGAGCUGGGCGCCGCUCGCCGCAGCAGAUACUACAUGAAGUACGGGAACCCGAACUACGGAGGCAUGAAGGGAAUCCUCAGCAACUCCUGGAAGAGGCGGUACCACAACCGGCGGAUCCAGCGAGACGUCAUCAAGAGCAAGAAGCCUCUGAUCGGAGACAGCAUGGGUCACACGCCGCCGUACACUCACCGCCACUCCGCCGACCUGGUCAACCUGCCAGAGGAGCCAAUCAAGGAGGAGGAGGAAGAGGAGGAGGAGGAGGACAGUGAUGAGGACAUGGACUCUGACGACAGGGUGGUGGAGUACAGGGAGCGAGGUGAAAGGGGCGGAGGUGGAGGUGGCAGCUCACGCUCACUGGGGGCGGGGCUCCGCAGCCGGGCUGAGCGCUCUCCGUCCCCCUGGUCGGAGUCGGACGAGAUGGACUACGACCUGGAGCUGAAGAUGAUCUCCACGCCGUCGCCGAAGAAGAGCAAGAAGAUGACGAUGUAUGCUGACGAGCUGGAGACUCACCUGAAGAGCAUCAGGAACCGGAUCGGGGGGUCGGGAUCACAGAGCAGGACCAAAUCGCCGUCGCCCACCAAGGUGACGGACGUGCGGCAGCUGCUGGAGGAGAAAAGACAGGGACUGUCUCAGCACAGAUCGUCCCCCCCGGCGGCCAGCAGCGGGAAAACAGACGUGCGGCAGAGGCUGGGGAAGAGACGCUACUCCCCCGACAGACAACGCUCCCCCUCCCCCGUCUCCCCCAGAGAGACUCCCCCAGUCAGAGAACCAAUCAGAGACGUUCAUCGCAGACUGGGCGUGGCCAGUCAAGACAACAGAGGCCUCUACUCCAACUCAUCCAAAGACAGAAAGACAGGCGGCCUGUGGAGCAGACUCGGCUCUAGCGACGACAGCAGCUCCGGACAUCACGACCGCAGACCGAGCGGCCGUUCGUCAGGCCUGUUCUCCUCCCCCUCCUCAUCAGGGCGGGGCGACGCCGGCGGCAGCAGCGAUGCUGCCGGCGUCAGCAGCGGCGGCAGCAGGAGGAGACGAGGCAACGGGGAGGAGGGAGAGGAGGAGGAGGAGGAGGAGGAGGAAGACGACUCGACGCUGCAGAGGAUGUGGGGCGCCAUGAUCAAACAGAAACAGGAUCUGUCCCACAAGAUGAAGAAGAGCCGACUGGACAACCUGCCGUCACUGCAGAUCGAGAUCAGCCGCGACAGCAGCGACGAGUCCGACGCCUGAAACUGAACCGGGGGGGGGGGGGGGACCAAAACCUCUGAACUCCACAUCACACAUUUCCUCUGAGUCCCGAACAUUAGAGACAUGAAGCUGUCAGAGCAGAUCGGAGGCCAGUGUGGUGACGGGAGCCGCUGCAGUCCAGGGAGGGAUAACUGAGCAGGGCCCCUGGGCUGAGGCCCCUGGGUGGGGGGCCCCUGUUCAAAGUGACUGUUAACAAUGCUGUCAGUCAGCAGUAGGAUGAUCCUGAUCCAGAGUCUUUUAAUGUUGAGAAUCUGAAGAUUUCACUGCUCAUGAAAGUGUGAAAAACCAUUUGAUUGGACCAAUGAGAGACUUCAUACCUGGACCUGGACCUGGACUUGGAUCUGGAUCUGGAUCUGGAUCUGGAUCUACAGUCACUGGACUCUGAUGGAAACAGAUCAGUUCUGUUGUUGUCACAGCUGAGAAUAGAAAUCCAGCUGCUGCUCAGAUCAGCUGAUCCAUGUUGACUGUUAGGUCUGACGGCAGCUUCCUGUAUUAAACCAUCAGCUGAUCUCAUGUCAGUUCAUAUCAGAUCAACAGACUGAACCAGGACCUCCAGUAUCUGGAUCAAGCAGCUGGUGAGGGAUCAGACUCUGGAUCAGGAUUUACCUACAAAAUGUUACUGAAAGAAAAACAACUACAGAUGAUUCUCCUGUGUGGGCGGGGCCAGGGGCCUUUAACACGUCUGUGUCGUUGGUGGGGGGGGGGGGGUGUAUUGUCUCCUGUUGAUAUAUUAAAUCUGUGUUGCAUCAUGGGAGAAUCUUCUCCUCUCACCUGGCCACCUGCUGUCUGUCAUCAGUGGAUCAUUCCUGCGUCACUGCGGAGAUGACGCCGCCCCUGCCCCCCCCGCCCCCCCCCGUUGCCUCGUUCGGGACCAUUCCUCCUCAUCGUCGUCACUCCAUCACUCCCGGGGGGUGGGGGGGUUGUUCCUGUCACAGCUGAUGAAAAAGACUCAGAAAAAAGAGACAAAGACGUGACGUGUCGGAGGAUCGUCGUCAUAAAUGUGGAACAUUUUCUUACAUUUUUUUAAUCAUCAUCAUCAUCAUCAUCUGUGUUAUUGAGCGUCGUCCAUGUUCUUCAUCACUGACGGACGCUGCCUGUCGAACAUCCUGCAGUAUGACUCGUUACAUGAUCUGCGUUUCUUUGUUUUCCUGUCAUCGUUCGGUUUAUUUGUUUGGUUUUUUUAUGGGGGGGCCACAGCGACUGUCGUCCAGUCAGUGACAUCACACUGCUGGUUAUGGAUUCAAAUAUUAAAAUGUUGGCUCGUACUUUAUUUGACUAAAUGGAUUUCUCUGUUGAUUCAUGAGAAACGUGACGGUGAAACUUUGUCCUCAGGCAGCAAACGUGUUGAAUCUUCAUAAACUGGCUUUAAAUUAAAGGUUGUUUUCAUCAUCCACUAACCUGCAGAUGAUUUUCAGUUAUUGAUCUGAAACGAUGUGGAGGAAAAAUAUUAACGCAUUUCCUUCAUUUCAUAUUUUUAUAGACAUUAAAGAUAAGCAUUUCAUAAAAUGUAUAAAUGAAUGAUUAAUAAAUACUUCAGAUUUAAAAAUGGAUUUAAAAAAACGGCAUGAAACUCGUAAAAAAAAAUUAGAUUCAUUUUAUUUAUUCAUGAAUAAAUAAUAGAAAAAAAAAACAUUUGAAAAUGCAAUUUUCAAAUUCCAUUUCAAUUUCCAUUUCCUUUUUCCAGCUGCUUUUCGUAUUAGCUAAUCGGUUAGCUUAGUCAUUUAGCUUCUCCUGUUAGCCUCUCUGUGAUACUCUGGGCCACAGCUGGUAAAAGGAAAUGGAAAUUGAAGAGGGAAUCCAGGAAUGUAUUCUCAUUUUUAAAAUGUUUUUAAAAUUCUGUUAUUUAUAGAAUGUGUGACAUCACUGCUCCUCCAUGAAACAUGUGUCUGCUGCUUUUUCACAGCUCGUUGGAUUUAAAAAUGAAAUGUUGAAAUUAAAAAUCUAGGAUGUAACUCAGUGAAAAUGCUCACCACAGUUCAGGAUGAGGAGCUGCAGUCACUCAUGUAUUUAAUAUUUAAUAUGUAUCAAUAAUGAAAGUAAACUGUUGAUUAUUUUAUCUGGAUAUAAAAUGAAAAAGAAAAGAGUGUAAAAACAAACAAAAGGAAAGUUUGAGUGUGGACCGAGUUAAAGUUCAGAAAGGAAGGAGUCAAUCAGGAGUUGAUAAAUUAACAAUGUGUUUUACUUUAUAUAAAAUCGUGAAAACA